AUGAAACCCACUUUGAACCAGCUAUUCUUGAUUUUGUGGUUAAAUGCAUUCGGUGUGAGAAGUGAAGUCAACUCAGAUUUCAGAAACUGCUUGCAAUACUUUUACAAAAGUACCCCGCCAAGGCUUGCUGGGAAUGUCGUUGAAUCACCCAGAAGCAUCUGCCAACGGUAUAACAAUGUCUACCACUAUGCCACACUGUACAGCACCAGCUUAAAGAUUCCUGUGUAUUCAGCUUAUACCCUGCCUGAUCCUUGCUUGGGUACUCCCGAACCACAGAGAAGGUCCACAUGGUUUGUCGAGCCUCAGGUAGGUAACUCAUUCAACCUCGUAAAUUAUGAAUCGAAGCAAGUUGCCGAUUGGAAACUUAAUUUAAAUAUCAGUUUGAAGAACCAACGGAAUUAAAAUCCAGAAAAAUAUGAAAAUUUUUAAUUCUCUAAGGUAAAGCCGACAACAGUACAUUCAUAUUACUUGUUCACCAAUCGACAGAAGAUCAUGUUCCACUGAGAAAAAGUGUUCCUGUUCUUGUUCGGUGGUUCCACCAACAGACAAUAAACCAAUGUUCAUCCAAUUCAAUGACAUCAACUUGACCAAGAUUUUACUCAAAAAGAUUUUAUGAUUUUAGCUAUAAUCAGACUUUUUGUUUUUCUCCUCACAGCUCCUGGUAGCCGCUGACACCAGCCCUAAGACAAAUAUGGAGACAGCUUCCCAGCAAACUGAACGCUACAAGACAGUACAGGCGAUAAACGUAGACUAUCGUAACACAGGUUACGACAGGGGUCACCUCAAUCCAAACUUUUACCAAUGCGGAGAAGGAAGAACAGCAACUUUUACCUUGACAAACGCCGUUCCUCAAGAUCCCUGCUUUAACCAACAGUCGUGGAAGGAAAUGGAAGAAGUCGCUUUGAAGACAAUGAGGAAUGGUUGCUCUUUUUCCGGCGCCAGACGUUAUUUUGUGACGGGAAUCGUUCCGCAGGGAGUACGAAUUCCAAACAGAGAACAUGACCUGGAAGGAGACGUGACUCACAGAGAUUUCAAUCGAGUCACCGUCCCUAGUUACCUCUGGACAGCGAUUUGCUGUGAUGCUUCAAGUACAACCAAUCCCCAGAAUGGGUUCUCAUUUGCUUACAUCGGCAAAAAUACUCCUGACUCUCUCGUGAACAUUCUGAGCGUGAGUCAAUUGGAGGCAACACUUAUUAACCAUAACCUCGUUGGAAAUGGCUACACAGCGGCCAAAAUUUUUGUUGAUGACUGCAAUGAAAAUACGGAAAAAUCAAAAAGUGCACGAACUCAAGUUGCAGCUCCUGUGAACUUACGAUUGGCAAAUGCAGCGAAUGCAAUAAGAGGGAUGGACCAGUCAACUCUUCCUCCCAUGAAACGCAAAAUCUUUCACGAGGUAUUGGAUUUAAUUCAAAGUGGUGUAUCUGCGAAUGGUUAUUCCUUC